AUGGGAUCCCGCACUUCAACCUCCGAGACUCUGGCAUUUGAGGCAUGUGCCGACCUUACAAACGAGAUUUUGGCUGCUCGCAAUGUCAAUCUUCAGUUUACAGGUCGUCAGCUACAACGUGAAUUCGUUGGGCAGAGUUUCCAAGCCAUGAUACGCUCGCUAGAGGCUAAAUAUGGCGUCUCAAGCAACACCUCCGAUGCUGAACUUGAGCACUACGCCAGCCUGGAAGACGAUUGUGUCAUCGCCAAGCUCUUGGAGAAACUUCAGCCAUGUGAGGGAGUCAAUGACGAGCUGGAGCGAUUGGCAGCAGCUGGUCGUUAUCGGCUUGCUGUCGUGUCCUCGUCCGCACUGCGUCGUGUGCGUGCGUCGCUGGAGAAGGCUGGACAGGCCAGUUUCUUCAACCCUAACGACGUCUUCAGCGCUACUGACUCGUUGCCUGUUCCUACGUCCAAGCCUGACCCGGCCGUGUACCUGCACGCCCUGAAGACUACGGGCAAGGUUGCCAGCGAGUGCAUCGCGGUCGAGGACAGCCGGUCUGGUGCGACUUCCGCGAACCGGGCAGGUAUCAUCACGAUUGGGUACACUGGUGCUUGCGAGAAUGUUGAGGAGGCGGAUGCAUUGCGUGUGGUGCUGGAGAAAGCUGGAUGUAAGCUGAUUAUGAGCAACUGGGUCGAGUUUCCCAGUUUGCUGCGCAAAAUCGAGGACGAGUUGAUCUGA